GCGUGAUCCCCCUUUGUUCUAGGACUUUCUCUGUUGGAAUCUUUGAAAAAUUAAACAUACGUAGUUUAUUCAUUACGAGGAAAACAUACACUAUACGUGCUCAUGGCAGAAGAACUGUAGAAUUUGAUAUAUAUCAAAGUAACCCUGAAACAAGAUAUUUCGAACUCUUUUAUUUUGAAGAUAGAAAAAGUGUGGACUUCCUCGUACAAGAAAAACAUGCCGACCAUCACAGAGGUGGCAGAUGCUAAUGCCCUAAAAGAAGAAGGGAAUAAAUUUUUCAAAGAGGGGAAAAUAGCUGAAGCACUGGAUGCCUACACGCGGGCUCUAGGAGUUAUUGACAUCAAAGAUGGAGAGAAGGCAGUGAUUCUGAAGAACAGGGCUGCCUGUUAUUUAAAGGAAGAGGACUACCAGGCAGUCAUCAAUGACUGUACGGCAGCAUUGGAAGUAACACCCAAUGAUCCAAAGGCAUUGUACAGGAGAUGCCAGGCCUAUGAACAGCUUGAGAAAGUGGAAGAGGCAUACAAGGAUGCAGCUGCCUUAAUUAAAGCAGAUCCCAAAAACACAGCCGUCCAACCGAUCCUCAAGAGACUAAACCCCAUCAUACAAGAAAAGGUUAAGCAACAGAACAGCACAUCAGCCAAAGUUAAGCAAAUGUUUGAGUUGGUAACAAACUCCAAAACAGAUAAAGAACAAAGAUUACAGGCUUGCAACAAUCUGAUAGUGUUGGCUCGAGAGGAAGCUGGGGCUAAAGUUAUCUGUGAGAUGUCUGGUAUAGACAACCUCCUAAAGCUUCUACAGGAGAAGGAUGUAGAAUUCAACCAGGCAGCCAUUAGGUGUCUCUCAUGUCUGACAAUGGAUAGCCAAGAAAGGAGUUACCUGGUGCAAGAAAAAAUGGGACUUCAGAAAAUGUUGGCGUUUAUGUCAGUGAAGGAUGAGGGACUGUGUACAUCUACAGCUUUAUUGGUCCAGAACCUGAUAACUAACAUCUCUGGCCUGCCAGAGUAUAGAAAACAACUACAGCAUUACAAAGACGAGCGCAAGCAAGGAAAUCCAUGCAGAUAUCCCAAGUUUGAAAUGGAUGAGCGGCAGACCGAGUUCAUUGACAGUGUGUUUAAAGGCCUGGUGAAGAUGUUAAAAAGUAACAAGGUCUCCGGGUUUGGAAGGGAUUCUGCCAUGGAGCUGAUCAUCAAAAACAUGUUACGCACCGACGGGGUUCAGUGGACCAGAAAGUUUCUAGACACAGAUGGUGUUGAGGGUCUGUUAUAUCAGCACACCAUUGUAUUCACUGUUGUGUUCUCACACAGUGGCUGGGUUUAUUCCUUGGUAUUGACUAUUGUGUUCCGUAACCGCCCAUUAGCUAACCUGUACUAUAGAGAUACGAAUGACCUCGGCAGUGACAAGGAGAGGGACAUGUUCAGGGACCAGUGUAGUGCCUUCUUCAAAGAUUUGUUUGGGGAUUCUCUUUUUGAAUCUAAAGUAGAAGCCAUUAAAUGUAUCUCAUCACUUCUGCAAGGUCCGUAUGAGGUUGGGAACAUCAUUCUAGGUUUUGAUGGAGUCACACAGAUCAUGCUUACCUUGGCCAACAGUGACAACCCAAUGCAUCAGCAAGUGGCUGUGGAGGCCAUUGUCCACUCAGCAUCUAAAAAGGACAAAUGUGCUGGCUUACUGAAUGAUGCUGUACCAGUGUUAAAGAAACUGUAUCAGGAAUCAACUGAUGCUGUGAAAGUCCGAGCUCUUGUGGGUUUAUGUAAGUUGGGUUCAUUUGGAGGCUCUGAUGCCAGUCACAGACCGAUGCAAGACGGCUCUACCCUGGCGCUGGCCAAAGCUUGUAGAAAAUUUCUGAAUGAUCCAAACAAGAGCGUUGACCUUCGGCGCUGGGGUACAGAGGGACUGGCCUAUUUAACACUGGAUGCUGAGGUUAAGGAGGAAUUGAUCAAUGACACGGCUGCUCUUAAAUCUCUCAUUGAUGUUGUCGCUAAAGCUGACAAGAACAUCCUCUACCCAGCAGCCUCUGUGUUUGUGAAUCUCACCAACAGUUAUGAGAAACCGGACAUUCAGCCAGAGAUGAUAGAGCUGGCUAAGUACUCCAAACAACACGUACCCGAGGAGCAUCAGAAGGACAAGCCAGAAUUUGUUAAACAGAGGGUCCAUAACUUGGCCAAAGCUGGUGUUGUAUCGGCCUUGGUUGCCAUAGCAAGCACAGACAGCCCCAAUACAAGGGAACAAAUUUCCAGGGUGUACAAUGCCAUCACAGUAGAAGAAGAUCUGAGAGGAAUAGUUGUACAGCAAGGUGGAGCCAAGUCCUUGGUUGAUUUGGCCACUAAAAAUAACACAGAUGCAGGAAAGAUUCUGGCAUCCUGGUCGCUUGCUAGGAUCACCAUCACUGCUAACCCGGAGACCACAUUUCCUGGACAGAGGAUUUUUGAAGUAGUCCGUCCUUUGAUAAGUUUGCUCCACCCAGACAGAAUGGCUUUACAGAACUUUGAAGCUUUAAUGGCUCUGACAAAUCUAACCUCUCUGAAUGAUUCUCUUAGAAAGAGGAUAGUAGCAGAGAAUGGACUGCCUGCCAUAGAACACUACAUGACAGAGGACCACGAAAUGUUAAAGAGAGCUGCCACCGAAUGUAUGUGUAACAUGGUCAUGAACGAAGAGGUUGUUAAAAUCUAUGAGGGUGAGAGUGACCGUCUGAAGUUAAUGGUGCUGUACUGUGGGGAUGAGGAUGAACUGGUGGUGAGGGCCGCAGCAGGUGCCCUGGCCAUGCUGUCACACAGUGAAAAGAUCUGCAAGAAAAUCAUGGAGGUUGGUCCUUGGCAGGAGAUACUACUAAGUACUCUGGUGAGUGAGAAGGUGGAAAUCCAGCACCGCGGCUGUUUUGUUGUGAGGAACCUGUUGUCCGUCAGUAAGGAGGUGGCAGAGAAAGUGAUAGAGGGACAGAUGUUGGAGGUUCUGAUGGCCCUAUCUAUACUGGAGGACCCUCAGAAGGAGGUGGUCAGGAAGUGUGCCUCCUCCUGUCUGGACAUCUGUGUGGAGCAUGGACUGAUCAAACCAAAGGAAUGACCUAAUAUAGUAACCAUACCUCAGUGCCAAAUCCCCAGAACGAGUGUGCAAUAUGUGACAGAGCGUGUCCUGAUUCAUCAAUGGAUAGCUAGGAGCAGACAGAAACUCCACUGUGUUAUGAGACGUGUUACAUAUCUAGCUUUUCAUAUAGGAAAUGCUAUUUUAAAUAGCUGCCAGUUUUCAUAUUCAUCCUGUGAUAUUAUUAUUCGUCACACUAAUAGGUAAAAUUGUAUGCUAUCUUAUAUAACAUGCACAAGUGAAAUCAGUAAAACAUCAGACAGUAUCGUCUCAUUUUGAAUUAAAAACUGACAGGAUAAUAAUGAAAUUAAGAGUUGUGACAGAAACAAUAACGCCAUAUACCUUCUCAACAAAUAUGUCAAUUUAAAAAAUCUUCAGCUAUAAACCGUAGGAUAUAUAAACCAGAAUAUCAUACUGUCUUCCAAAUACAUGUACAAGUUGUAUAUCAAUAGUGGCAGCUUUGCUUUCGCGUGUUUUGUCAUCUUUGUUAUUUAUUAAUACUUAUUAAAACUUUUUUUCAUCAUUAUAAAUUGUCCACUUCCUAAGCUUUGUAAAAAGCAGUGUCUUGAUUUUAUAUAGAAUAAAUGAUGUUUGAUUAA